AUGCAAUCUACAGACGAGAAAAAGUUGUCUGCGGGACACAUCGAGGAGGCACCCUCGCACACUAUGGACGCAGACGAGCUCCUAUUACAUUCUCUGGGCUACAAACAGGAUUUAAGCCGUUCAAUGUCUGCCUUCUCAAAUUUUGCCAUUGCGUUUUCAUGUUGCUCUGUAUUAUCUGGUCUCACACCUAUGUGGGGUGAUGCUAUGAUGGAUGCUGGAUCUAUGGGUGUUAUCUGGGGUUGGAUCAUUACUAGUUUCUUUACCUUGUUGAUUGCCAUGUCAUUAGCUGAGAUCUGUAGUGCAUAUCCCACCACAGGAGGUCUCUAUUUCUGGGUAUCACGUCUCUCAACAUCAGAGUGGGUUCCUUUGGCUUGCUGGCUUACAGGAUGGUGUAAUUGGAUUGGGUUUGCAUUUGGAAUCACAUCCAUUGAUCUUGGACUUGCUCAAUUUGUUGCCGGUAUUAUUAAUAUCUGGAGCCCAGAAGUAGAUACGUCAGUCUACAUGCAGUACGGUAUUUUUGUUGGAAUUCUACUUUUGCACGGUGUUAUCAAUUCCGUUGCUGUAAACCUAAACGGUAUAAUGAACCAAGCUGCUUUCUGGCUCAAUAUGCUGGGAAUUAUCUUUAUCGUUGUGGUCGGCUUGUCUAUUACAAGACCACUAUCCACUGGAGAUUUUGUGUUUACCCAAUUCUUUAACGGAUCUGGAUUUUCGAGCGAUGGUUAUGCAUUCUUGCUAGUCAUUCUACAGUCUCAGUACACACUUUCUGGAUACGAUAGUGCAGCCCACAUGAGUGAAGAAACCAAAAAUUCUCAAACUGGAUCUCCAUACGCUAUUCUUGUUGCGGUCGCUGCCAAUGCAUUUUCUGGUCUUAUUUUUCUGGUUGCUAUUAGCUUUAUGGUCACAGACUUUAUGGGUCAGAUUGUAUCUGAUGGAGCUAUCCAGCCUCAGAUGAUCCAGGUGUUUUACGACGGUGUAGGACCUGCGUGGACAAUGGUUUUCUUGAUUUUUGUAAUGCUUAGUAUUUUCUUUUGUGGAUCAGCGUUGACCCUCGGAAGUUCCCGCAUGGUGUAUGCAUUUGCCAGAGAUGGAGCCAUGCCGUUCUCCAAACAGCUGCACACGCUCAACCCAAAAACCAAGAGUCCGGUUAUUGCUGUCUGGUUCAAUAUUGUUGUUGCGGGUAUUGUCGGACUCUUGUAUAUCAUCAACGACACGGCAUUUGAAGCCAUUGUGUCUCUAAACACAAUCGGUGCCCAGAUGUCUUAUCUUAUCCCUAUCGUUUUACGUAUCACUGUGUCGCGCACAAAAUUUACUCCAGGACCUUGGCACUUGGGACGCUUUAGUAUUGUAAUUGGAUAUAUAUCAUCUGCUUGGCUUCUAUUUACUUGUGCCCUCUUCAUCUGUCCCACAGAGGCACCAGUUACUGCAGACAACAUGAAUUAUGCCGUUAUUCCUUUUGUUGUCAUCAUGGCAUUUUCUACCGGAUAUUACAUGAUCUGGGGACGCAAAUGGUUUACUGGUCCUGUGCGUGUGGUAGACGGAGAGGAGGUCAUCCUGGAAGAGGACGACUACUCUGUAAAGGCAGGCUAG